AUGACUAAAAGUAAUACAAAACCUAUUUGGUGGAGAGCAUUACCUGCUUUUUUUACUAUCAUGAUGGUUAGUACGAUUGAUAUUUUAUUAUUAAAUGAUUUAAUUGAAACUCGUUAUGCAACAUUUUAUAACUUAAAUACGACUUCAAAAUCUUCACAAAGAAGUAUGUGUUUAAAUGCUAGUCAUGCUAGUGGUAUUUCAACAUCACUCUAUUUAACAACGACAAAUACACCAAUGACCAUCUCUCCACCAAUAUCGGAUCAAAUUCAAUCAGCUACAGCAAAAUUAAAUAUUAUAGUUUCUCUUUCUGUUACAGUUCCAGCUAUAUUUAGUUCAAUAAUACUUGGAUCAAAUUGUGAUAUUAUUGGCCGAAAAGCAUUAAUAACUAUUCCUUUUAUUGGAAAAAUAUUACGAUAUAUUAUUAUGUUGUCAGUAAUCAUAUGGAAUUUAUCUGAUAUAUUUAUUAUUAUUUCUGUUAUACUCGACGGUAUGUUUGGCACAUCAGCUCUAACCAUAUUGAGUACAUUUGCUUUUGUUACCGAUUGUACUACAUUAAAACAGCGAACAUCAGCAAUUAUUAUUACUGAAGUCAGUAUUACAUUUGCACGUAUUGUCACUUUAGUUGGACUUGGAUAUUAUUUAAAAUACUUUGGUUAUUUAAUUCCAUUUUGUGUUGCUCUCGGUUUAAGUAUAUUGGGUUUUCUAUAUUCUUUAUUAUUUCAACCAGAAUCCAAUCAAACAGUAGCUCAUUUAAAUAUUCUUCAACAAAUAAAAUUGGUACGUUUGAAACCGCUAUUUAAAGUUUUACAAGUGUUCACAAUCAAACGUAAAUCAAAUAAUCGUAAAAUGUUAUUACUCACAGUAUUAACACAUUUGUCAGUAAUUGUGAUGUUGUGUGGUUAUGCAUCUAUUGUAUAUUUGUAUUUGUACGGACAACCAUUUUGUUGGGGAUCAUAA